UUUGAGUUUUGACAUAAGCAGUCAAAAGACGCCAUGUUUGUCACGUUUUUGCUAGAAGUUGGGUCCUGUUAAAUUUAAUUCCUCGACAUAUUAGCAAAUUAGCCUUUUAUUUCCAUUAACAAAUCAAAAUGAGUGAUAGUUAUCAAGUGAAUAACAGAAAACGCCCGAAGACGUCGAGUCCAUCUAAUAAAUCUUUCGUAAGCAGUGUGACAUCACAAGUGACAAGAUUCUUGCCAUCAACAUUGACAAAAUGGUUUGGACAAAGUUCUAAUGCUAAUGGCUCUGCUACGUUAGCUGAAUCAACAGAUUCUUCAACAGAAGAUGAGGCAACCGAAAGGCCAAUCACAACACCGCCCGCAAAGCGAAUGCGGUACAGCCCAUCAGCAAAAAAUUCAAGUCCACAUUAUACUCCUAUAAGUACAAAGACAUCAAGUACUAACACUGACGAUAUAGAACCCUUUAUUACUGCACCAUCAACAUCCGAUAGAAUGUUUAGAAGAACCACAAAUCUUGUGUCAUCAUCUAUUCAGCAAAAUGAUGAAUCUACAGUUUCAACAAAUGACAGUAAAGUAAACAACUAUGAUUUGUACAAAUCAGAAGUUCUUAUAGAGAGGAAAAGGAAGUCUAUAUUUGAUAAAACUCAAGAUUCUGAUGCAAUUAUAGAGGAUGCAGUAGCAAGAUCAGCGUCAGCCAAAGUGGUUAAUCUCACUCAGCCAUACUUCAAAGCGGGAUUGUUGUCUUCACCGUUUUACAGUGGUACAACCUCGUACGGCGGUGCAGGAGGUUCAUUCGUAAAUCGACCAAAUGUAAAUAGCAGAAGAAAAACAAUUGUAAAAGAACCUAGUACCACCAGUGAUGUUUCUAUAAGCUAUUCAUCUAGACGUGUGUUGGACCUGCUCGAAAAUUAUUCAUCUCCUUUAACGGAGGCAAGGAGAAUACCAUCGUACUCAACUCCCACCACGAGGUCUUUGCAAGAAGCAGACACCCGCAAAAUAAAGAAUACUUCAUACAAAAUGCAAGAGCUGCAUGUACCACAGAUUGCUUCUAUAAUAAGGCUGAAACAAAAGCAGUUAAUGGAUUCAUCAAAUGCAGCACGACAAAUUAUUGCAUCUCUUAGUAGCACUACUCCCUAUCCUCAACCUCAAAAUAGUCCAACCAGACGUAGUCAAAGUGCUCCAGAAAAAGAAAAAUUAACCACGAAAAUUAAGUCUAUGCUCACAAGAACAAAUCGCAAGUCUGUGGAAGAGAGUCCAGCCCCUCCAACUGUCAAUUUACCAGCGAUUCCACUCCAAAUUGAACAAGACAAAUUGCCUCAAUUCUCAUUUAACAGUAAUUCUACCAUAACUUCGAGUAGCUCAACAGAUACAGCUCCGAAAAUCGCAAACACUCAAAUGAGCGUUAUAAAUAAUGCUAAAGAUGUAACCAUGAACCUUCCUAAUCAGAAAACUAUGUCGAGUGUGGAUAGAACAAAUCGUACUGAAAAUAGCUAUGUGAGUCAAUUCAAAUUUUCUAGUCCAGUUGAAGUCUCUAUUGAACAAUCAACAAGUUCGACAGCAAAAUUUUCGUUUGGUAGCCCAGAAAAAAAUUUGGACAGUGUUAAAGUUCCAUCAGGUUUUACCUUUUUACGGACUGAAUCUCAGCCCAAGACAUUUGGUGACAAAACUGAUAGUACAAAUAUGAAAAAUGAUACAUGCAAAGAAUGUUCGUGCAACAGUAAGUCUGGCGAAAGAAAAUGUGCUGCUUGUGAAAAGAAGAAAACAAACAGCAUAGACAAAUUGCCAAUUUCAAAUACUUUGACUUCUGAUAAAUGGAAAUGUUCAGACUGUUGGGUGGAAAAUGAGAAAAACAGUGAUGCUUGUGUUUGCUGUGGAGCAAAGAAAUCUCGUGAAACGACAAAUCAAUCUAAAGCUACUGAGUCUGCUAAAGCGGCUAAAUCUGAUAAAUGGAAAUGCAGUGAUUGUUGGGUAGAUAAUGAUAGUAGUGCCUCAAAGUGUGUUUGCUGUGGAGCAAACAAAACUGGCGUAAAGUCCUCUCCAACGUCUACUUCAGCUCAAACCAAUAAAUGGAGAUGUAAAGAUUGCUGGGUGGAAAACGACACUAGUGCCCAAAAGUGUGUUUGCUGCGGCAGUAAUAAAUCGGGCAAAAUUACAUCUCAGCCAAUUAAACCUGCUCAAACAGCCAAAUGGAAAUGUAAAGAUUGCUGGGUUGAAAAUGAUAGUAGCGUUACAAAAUGUGCUUGCUGUGGUUGGGUAAAUACAGACCAUACAAGUGAGAAAGCAAAAACCAAUAGCUUAGUUACAAGUACUGAACAAUCUGCAGCAUCCAGUAUUCCUAAGACUGAUUCCAAAUCUACUAAUUUGCCGCUCCAAAGUACAAUACAGUCUCAGUCUGAUAAAUGGGAAUGCCCAAUUUGCUUAGUUAGAAAUGAAAAUAAUAGAGUUAAAUGUGUCUGCUGUGAAGCAGAAAAACCUGGUACUAGAAAGCAACCAGAGAUAAAGUUCAGUUUCAAAGAUAAUCCUGGUGCUUUAUUUAAAUUCGGCAUUCCAACGGGAUUGAAUCAAGAUACGAAUGUUCAAGUUCCUGCCAUUAUAAAAGAGACACCAGCAAAGGAAUCAGAAGCCAACAAUAAUGUCUUACCUAAAGCUACAUUUUCGUUUGGGAUACCAAAGAGUACGCCAGAAACGGUGAAGCCUGUUGAUGACAGUAAAAAGGACGAACCUGUCAAGCCUACAUUUACAUUUGGUAUCAAUAAAUCAAUUUCUACAAGUACAACAGUGGAGCUUCCUAAACCCCUCUUUGGUCUGCCUAAGACAUCUGAAGUAGUCGUGACCUCAUCAACCAUACCAACUAAACCUGUUGUAACAUCCGAAGUGCAACCAUCAACACCAGCUUCGACAUCCGCUUCCACUGUUAGUGGCAGUAACUUAUUCGCGUCCCCCGUUACCACUCCCAUUAGCAUUGCCAGUAACUUAUUUGCACCCCCAGUUACUACUCAGAGUGAAAAUAAAACUUCGACUCCAUCUUUAUCAUUUUUAAGCUCACCAACCACAACUAUUAGUGCUUCUAGUUCGAAUGUUCUGUCAACUAGUGUUCCAGCCGCUGCUCCCACAAGUACAUUGUCUUUCUCCACCGGUAUCAAUACUGGAAUCAACUUAUUCGCCUCGCCGAUUUCUCAAGUGACCACUGCUAGCUCCACUUUUCCCAGUGUUACGGCCGCCACAACCAGCAACUCUCUAUUCAGUAAAAGUGAGCCCGUAAACACGGCACCCAUUUCUUUGUUCCAAAAAAGUGAAUCUGCUCCAGUUUGUUUGCCUGUGUUCGGCAGUAACACUACUACGACGACAACGGCCGUAUCACAGUUGCCCACAACAUCAGCUGCGCCCGUAUUCUGUUUCAGUAAUACUUCAAACAACUCUGCGCCUAGCAACGAAAAACCGAAAUUUAAUUUCAAAUUCGGUGGCAGUAGCGCCAAUGAAACUCCUAUGUUUAAAGCAUUCGGAGCCACGAGUGAAAGUAAUAAGUUCACUCUCCCCACAUCCAAUACACACGCGAUAGGUGGCAGUGGAUUGUCGACUGGUACUACGAGUACGAGUAGUGCUCUACCUGGAAUUAAUGGGCUGCCUACUGGGAACACACUUUUGGGUGGUGACAUCGGAGGCAAUCAGCAGACCACAGGAAACGCAUUAUCGAGUGGCAUCGCAUCGUCUACAGCUGCAACAGGAUUAUUCGGAAACCCUAUGUCUAAAGUGAACAAUAUUUGGUCAGCGAACAGUAGCGCUGCCAGCACUCCGACACAAUUUGAGAACCGUUCUGCUAAUUUUACUUUUGGAUCUUCUAACGCGUUUAAUUCUAAUGCGAGUAGCACGUUCGGGGCGCCGCAGCAGCCUCAGCAGCCUUCGCAAAACUUAUUCGGAAUUACAAAUCCGAGCACGAACAGUACCCAGCCUACUAUGUUCUCUAACACGGCGCAGAGUCCGGCGCAGUCUAAUAUAUUCGGCAAUCUGCCUCCAUCUAAUGUGCCUCUGUUUGGCACACCGAAUAUAUCAAACCCAACUUUUGGAACGAGCACGCCCCUGCCUACGUUUGAGACGCCCGCUACAGCAGCACCAACGCCAUCUUUCAACUUUGGUACAAACACGACAUCAGGAGUAUUUGGAUUUUCUCAGCAACAGCAGCCGCAACAGCAGACCGGUAUUUAUAACUUCGGGUCGGGAGGCACAACGCCACAAGUUCAGUUCAACAUGGGCAGUGCCCCCGCCGGCACUGCAGUGCGACGAGUGAGAAAAGCCAUAAGAAGAACGCAACGAUGAACAUCGUACACCCUAAAAUAUAAUAUUAAAAAAAAAUGUUUCACACAUUCAGGUAUGUGAGGACAUAUAUAAUGAAAAAAAAGAAAAUAGUGCGUUGCGGUAUGUGAAGAGUAUAUUGAUAUUUGGUUGGCAAUUAAACCGUAAAAUUUGUGAUUAUAAUAAUGUCUUCCUAAACGAAGUUUCUAGAGACAGUUCUUGUCUGUGGUUGUGUUUGUUGCGUAUUUAACAUCAAAUUCAAUUUCAAGUCGAGAAUAUUUUUAACAUAUGUACUUAUUCAAGUUGUUAUUCAAAUUAGUAUCGUAUUUAACUAUGUGUCUGUUAAUACUUUAUCUGUGAAAUAUACAUCUACGAAAACGGAUAAUAAUAUGCUUUAACAUAUUUUUAAUUUGUUAUAGCAUAUUAGUAUGUAAUAUUACACAUGGUGCUGCUCGUCAAUUCUGUUUUACUUGAACUUGACUUGACACGCUACCGCGUGUCGAAAUUAGAAAACACAGCCACAUAUUUUCCGCCUAUUUGUUUUAUAUUGACUACUAAAAAGAACCACGUCUUAUGAUGUUAAACAAUGUCUUUAAAUUAAUGGAAAUAUAAACAUAUACCUGAAUAAUUUUUAUUGCCAUUUUGUUGUAUCUAUUCGUCACUGAGAUUGUCAGGACCAGUGUAAAAUUUGCCCAAAAUUUUGACGCUCUGUGCUAGGGGAUAAAUAAUUAACAGAAAUAGAAAAUUGUGGAGCGUCGAUAUUACGUUAUAUUUUUUUAGUAUAUUUUACUACUUUAUAAUAGAUUUGCAGGAAGAUGUAUUGUUUAGUUCAUAUGUGAGUGUUUUUUAAAUGGUAUUUUAGAAGCGAUUUUUUAUUGUUACAUGACACACUACGAAUAAUAAAAACUAA